AUGAAGAUACCGCUCAUAAGCUUUCUGGUCGUGACUCUUUUGACUUCUUUGGUUGUGGCAAUUGAACCAUAUUGUGUCAUGGCUCCCUUUAAGAGACAACAAGUGGGUACUAGUGUGAACGUGACAUGGGAUGCUUCGCAAAUUCCCAAAGGCCUCAAAGCCAACGAUAUGUUUUCCGCAAUCGUCGUGUGUCGCGAAAGAACAUAUGCUUCACUCGAGAAAAAAUUUUUUUCUUUGAUAGAUUACGUUAAUGAGAUCUUUAAGGUCGGAAUAAGGGCGGUCUAUAUCUCUGACGACCCUGAACUUAUUGGCGCUACCUGCAAAGCAAAAGUCUCCAUCCAAAAAGUUACAGGAUAUUCGUAUCCGUUCAGGUUACAUCAUUGUAUUAUGGGUUUCCCGAAUGUCCUUCAACAUAAAAAGUAA